AUGUCUGUCACAACACACAAAAAUCGGUAUAAGAAUACCGGUUUAGAUUCUCAGGAAUUGAGAAGAAGGCGUGAAGAGGAAGGUGUACAAUUACGAAAACAAAAACGUGAACAACAGUUAUUUAAAAGAAGAAAUGUUAAUAUCCCGGCACUGUCAGAUGAAGAUAAUUCAAUGCAGGAAGAGAGAGUUUCAAAUGGCGGCAUAACUCCAGAUAUGGUUCAGGCAAUAUACAGCCCAUUGACUGAACUACAGUUGGAAGCUACACAAAGGUUUCGUAAACUUCUUUCUCGUGAGCCAAAUCCUCCUAUAGAUGAAGUAAUAGAGACCGGAAUUGUACCACGUUUAGUUGAGUUUUUAAAGGAUCAUACAAAUUAUACCUUACAGUUUGAAGCGGCUUGGGCUUUGACAAAUAUUGCAUCAGGAACCUCAGUUCAAACCAGGAUCGUCAUAGAGGCAGGGGCCGUUCCUGUCUUUGUUCAGUUGUUGUCAUCGGAAUAUGAAGAUGUUCAGGAACAAGCAGUCUGGGCUCUCGGUAAUAUCGCAGGAGAUUCACCCGAUUGCCGUGAUCACGUAUUAGACUCGGGCAUAUUACCUCCUCUUCUUCAAUUACUCAGUAAAGCCGACAGAUUAUCUUUGACCAGAAACGCUGUUUGGGCGUUGUCAAAUUUGUGCCGUGGGAAGAACCCAACACCUGAUUUUAGCAAAGUAGCACCCUGCCUUCCGGUGCUCGCUAGAAUGCUGUUUCAUACCGAUGCGGAUGUGCUGGCUGAUUCCUGCUGGGCACUCUCCUAUCUAUCAGAUGGGCCUAAUGAGAAAAUUCAAGCUGUUAUAGAUGCGGGAGUCUGCAGGAGACUAGUCGAAUUAUUAAUGAAUAAUCAACACAACGUAGUGUCAGCAGCUUUGAGGGCUGUUGGUAACAUUGUAACCGGAGAUGAUCAGCAGACACAAGUUAUUCUCCAUUGUUCCGUUCUUCCAUGUCUCAGAGAACUUCUUUCGUCAUUUAAGGAAUCUAUUCGUAAAGAAGCGUGUUGGACGAUAUCGAAUAUUACUGCUGGAAAUAGACAACAAAUUCAGGCUGUCAUAGAUGCAAAUAUAUUUCCAAGCUUAAUUGAAAUUUUGGGUAAGGCAGAAUUUAAAACAAGGAAAGAGGCUGCAUGGGCCAUAACGAAUGCAACUUCUGGAGGAACUCCUGAACAAAUUAGAUAUUUAGUCGACCAGGGAUGCAUUCUUCCACUAUGUGAACUUUUAACAGUAAUGGACGCAAAGAUAAUUCAGGUUGCUCUAAAUGGAUUAGAAAAUAUUUUAAGAUUAGGUGAACAAGAUGCUAGAGCUCAAGGAACUGUAAAUCCGUACGCUGUAAUCGUCGAGGAAUGCUAUGGUCUCGAUAAAAUAGAAUAUUUACAGUCGCACGAUAACAUGGAAAUCUAUCAAAAAGCUUUUGAUAUAAUUGAGCGUUACUUUGGUAGCGAUGAAGGCGAUACUGCUAUUGCGCCAAAUGUUGUUGGUGACGGAGAUAAUAGUCAAUAUGUGUUUAGUCCCCCUGAUCAAAAUGUGCCAAUGGGAGGCUUUAAUUUAUGA